AUGGUAGUUGCAUUGAAACCAGGCAAGUUCUAUGGAAGCAGCCUGCCCAGGCCUCGCUUCUUCACUGACGUUAAACUCAAUGGAGAGAGGGUCGAUCCCCUGUUGCCUGUCCUCCAUCCCUUCCUUUCUUGGGCUAAUGAGGCUCACUGGUCCAUGGGCGGCCUCAACUUCAAGCACCCUCGUCUCCUUGGUAAGAUCGAGGGCCGCAUCCAAAAGCUCCGCCACUAUACCAUUGAUUUUUUACCCCAAAACAAGAAGGUUAUCAACUCAACAGCAACAACGCCUGCCUCCUCCUCGUCCUCUGUCCUUGAGCAAGUGCCUGAUGGCCUUCCCCGUAAGAGAGCUAGAAAGCUUAGUGAUGAGUUUGAUAAGGUUGCUUCUUCCCCCCAAGCGGAGGAUGCUCGAAAGCGUAGGGUAUUUGUUGCAAAUGCUAAAAUCUCAUCUUCAAAGAAAGCUUCAACUUCUUUGGGUGAACACAUGAACACCAUAGAUGUAGGGAAGCGCGGAAGGUGA